UGUUCAAUGUUUCCAGUCGGCAUCCAAUCACCGUGGAAGUUGGGAGUUUAGCUUUGCAUUAUUUGUUAUUUUCAAAAGUCAAGUCAUUCAUUCACUCACUGCAAACAUGCCUACUUAUCACAAGCCAGAAUCGAAAACCAUACAGGAGCUGAAGGAUAUCGCGCAUAAGUUGCGUAUACAUUCCAUUACUUCCACUCAGGCUUCGAAAUCCGGACAUCCAACGUCAUGUGCAUCUGUCGCCGAAAUUAUGUCGGUUUUAUUCUUCAAUACAAUGCGCUACAAGAUCUCCGCUCCACGUGAUCCAUCAUCGGAUCGAUUGAUUCUGUCCAAAGGACACGCCGCGCCAAUUCUGUAUGCCGCAUGGGCCGAGGCUGGCCUUUUCCCAAUAAGUGAUCUUUCGAAUCUGCGAAAGAUUGAUUCCGACCUCGAAGGUCAUCCAACUCCGAGAUUGAAUUUCAUCGAUGUUGGAACUGGUUCGCUCGGCCAAGGUGUAGCAGUUGCCUGUGGGAUGGCAUAUGUUGGCAAAAACAUCGAUAAAGCUGAUUACCGAACAUACGUGGUGGUCGGUGAUGGUGAAUCAGCUGAAGGUUCCAUCUGGGAAUCGUUGCAUUUUGCUGGUCACUACAAACUGGAUAACUUGUGUGUAAUCUUCGACGUGAACCGAUUGGGACAAUCAGAACCCACAUCAUUACAACAUCACAUGGAAGUGUACCGUAAGCGAUUGGAUGCUUUCGGCUUCAAUGCAAUUGUUGUCGACGGUCACAAUGUGGAAGAAUUGUGCAAAGCAUUCUAUGAAGCUUCGAUCACCAAGGAUCGUCCAACGGCAAUUGUUGCCAAGACUUUCAAGGGCAAAGAUUUCCCUAACAUUGAGGAUUUGGAAAAUUGGCACGGAAAGCCGCUAGGAGAGAAUGCAGCUGGUGUGAUUGAGCAUUUGCAGUCCAUCAUCCGUAAUAAUGGGCCAGUACAAAUGAGUCCUCCAUCUCCGCUUAAAGAAAGUGCCAAGAAAGUAGAUAUUAGCAAUAUCCAGUUGGCAACACCGCCUGCAUACAAACUAGGAGAAUCUGUCGCCACCCGUCUGGCCUAUGGAACCGCUUUGGCCAAGAUUGCAAUGAAUAACGAUCGCGUUAUUGCAUUAGACGGCGAUACGAAGAACUCCACAUACUCUGACAAGUUACGCAAAGCAUUCCCAGAUCGUUUCAUCGAGUGCUUCAUCGCAGAGCAGAACUUAGUUGGUGUUGCUGUUGGAGCAGCCUGUCGUGACCGCACUGUUGCCUUUGUUUCUACUUUCGCUACAUUUUUCUCUCGAGCAUUUGAUCAGAUCCGCAUGGGAGCCAUUUCGCGGACAAAUGUGAACUUUGUGGGCUCACAUUGUGGAGUGAGCAUCGGUGAGGAUGGACCCAGCCAGAUGGGCUUGGAGGACAUUGCAAUGUUCAGAGCCAUUCCUGGAAGUACUGUGUUCUAUCCUUCGGAUGCAGUCAGCACGGAACGUGCUGUCGAACUGGCUGCCAACACUAAGGGCGUAUGUUUUAUCCGUACAUCCAGACCAAACACUGCUGUAAUUUACGACAACAACACACCGUUCCAAAUUGGCAAAGCUAAAAUUGUGAAACAAAGUGCAAAUGACACCGUUUUGUUGAUUGGCGCCGGUAUAACUCUUUAUGAAGCACUCAACGCAGCAGCCGAGCUUGAGAAGAUCAGUGUUUACGCGCGUGUAUUGGAUCCGUUUACUGUGAAACCAAUUGAUACUGUAGCCAUCGUACAGAAUGCCAUUCAAUGUGGUGGACGUAUUGUUGUUAUCGAAGAUCAUUACAAGCAAGGUGGACUCGGCGAAGCUGUUCUUUCCGCUGUCGCAGAGCAGCGAAACAUUGUUGUGAAACACUUGGGUGUUGAGCAGAUUCCCCGCUCUGGACCACCAUCUGUUCUCAUCGAUAUGUUCGGUCUGUCUGCUAGAUGCAUUAUAGCUGCAGUGAAUGAUAUUCUAAAAUUGUAGAAAGUUUACAAUUUUGCAACCUUAUCGGAAAUCGAAAAUCAGAAAACGGUACAUUCCCUCUGAAAUUCCCAGCGUCGUUCAAAACGUUUAAAAAUUAUUGAUCCACUGUUAAGUCACGAAUAACCUUUAAGGUAAAAGUGACUAUAAAUAAACAUAACAUUCUAUGGUUGAAACAUUCUGAUAACAUAUUUUUUACAAAACUUUUUCAUGUUUAAAUUUUCUGUUAGUAAUUUGGUUGAUAUACCAUGGGUCUUUUGCCGUUCUUUUGAUAUGGAUUCAUUCUCAUUGCAUCUUACAAUUCAUUGCAUUCAAAAAAGGCAUUUUUUUAUUGUUCCAUAGGGUACUGGUACGUUCGCUUGUUGAGUUUUUUCGUUUGCUUCAAUCAAUAAACUGCUACAAUUGA